ACCACCGACCGCACGACCUCCAUCUCCACUCCAUCGUCUUGCCCGCCCUGCCGUCAAGAUGAGCUUCAUUACCAAGCGCGGUCUCUCGACCCUCAUUCCCCCCAAGAUUGCCUCUCCCAAUGCCAUCGGCUCUUCCCCCAAUGCCGUCCGCAUGCAAAAGGUCGUCAACUUCUACGAGAAGCUGCCCCGUGGCCCAGCCCCCGAGCCUGAGGCCAAGGGUCUUCUCGGACGCUACGCCAAGAAGCACAUGGGCAAGAACCCAUCAGGAAGGCCGCUCGUCCACGUCAUUGGCUUCCUGAUUGCGCUUGGUUACGCCCAGAACUACUACUUCCAUCUCCGCCACCACAAGAACAAUGAGCACUAAGCGGCUCGUUUGAGAUGCGCUGGAUGACUGUAGCCGGAUAGACAGCACUUGUAUAAGUAAAGUGUAGAUGGAACCAAGCACUCUGCUAAG